AGUGCUGUCCGGACGGGGCGGAAUGGCCAAAUCCCAGACGUUCUCCAUCUCAGUGCAUGUUCAAAUGUCAGGUUGUCUUCUCCAUCGUUCCUGGUAUCAGCCCCGGGCCAUUGGAAUGGAAACUGAACCCUGUAUUCAACGUCUAUCGGGUGUCGGAUACCUUCCCUAAUCUUUGGAUUGUCCUGGGAUUCCCGCGAGAUACACAGCAGUUCAUUUAUUUCAAUAGGACUGAUGUGCAAAGAGCUAUCCAUGCACCUCACAUCGAAUGGCAAUCCUGCACGGACACAUCGGUCUAUAUCAACCGUACCACCGGUGGUGCAGGUCAUGACCAGAGUAUUCCGUCGACUCUGAGCGUACUUCCAAAUGCCAUCGAGAAGAGUGUUCGUACCGUCAUCGUUCAUGGUCUCGCGGACUUCAUCCUGACCGCUGAAGGAACACGCAUCGCUAUCCAAAACAUGACUUGGAAUGGAUUACAAGGGUUUCAGACUCCCAUUGAGCCCGAGAGCUUCAUCGUAGAUAACAUGGGUGCCUUUGGAUCCUUCCACCAGGAGCGUAACCUGACCUACGUCGAGUUCUCCUUCAGCGGACAUAUGACUCCUCAAUUCGUCCCUUGGGCAGCGUUCCAAACUAUUGCUUUCUUGCUCGGAAAGCGGCCCUCGCCCUCUGCCUAGCGCUUGCUGCUGAAACGACCUUGUUACGCUCUAUGCGGGUCCAUUUUAGUCAGUAUACUCGCGGCACGGCAAUGUGAAAUGCAGUUUUGUGUCCUAUUAAUAGAUGAUCGAUGAAUAUGGUCAAGUCUCCAAUGAAAAGAUCUAUGCUUCGUGGG